UCUAUGAUGAAAAUUCUAGAUAAUCCUUACAGAUUAUUCUUUGUUAAAUUUAUUCAAAAUCUCUUAUCUCACGUUGCACACAAUUCUUUAAAUUAUUUCCAGAAUUUGCUAACUAUUCAUUAUGGAAGGCAUACUUUUUUUUAUCAGUUAUUUCUGAUGGAUCAAAAAUUUUUGUAAUUUGUAAUUAAAUGGUUUCACAACAUCGAUAAAGUCGGAUCUAGCUCUUUUAAACCGAGUGGUUUUUACUUGGC